AUGCUCACUGAAACGCUUCACUAUGGCCAGGACCAUGUCCUUCAGAGCGUCACCAUCACCACCCUACCCCAGACCAGGGACACAGGCUAUUGGGUGAUCCUCAUACACGGUGGCGCCUGGAGAGAUCCCAACCAAACCGCGACCAGAUACCUCAGCGGUGCCGCAUCCAUCCUCACCACCUCACCCAUCUACACCUCCACCACUCUGCCUCGCAUUGCUGCCUUCGCAUCAAUCGACUACCGCCUCAGUCCUCAUCCCAACCACCCACAGGACCGAUCCACCACCAAUCCUAGGGAAUUUCGCGAAGCCAAACACCCCGACCACAUCCACGAUGUGCAACGCGCCCUCGCCUUCUUGCAGCAGAAGUAUGGGUUCGGAGAGAGAUAUAUCCUCGUCGGACACAGUUGCGGUGCGACGUUGGCGUUCCAGUCGGUCAUGGGGUUGUUUCGGAGCACCGACAGUGGAGGUUUAAGUUCUCCAUCUCCGACGGCUAUCCUGGGUAUGGCGGGAAUCUAUGAUAUCAGACUCCUCAGGGAUACUUACCAGGGUAUAUCUAUUUAUCAGCAGUUCCUCGAGGAAGCUUUUGGCUCGGAUGAGUCUGUCUGGGAUGCCGUGUCUCCCGCUCUGGUAGAGGGGCCGAGCGGGGUCGAGGGCGGAUGGAAUGCGGGAAGACUGGCCGUUCUGGCUCACUCAUCCGAGGAUAGACUUGUCGAUUUGAAGCAGAGAGAUGUCAUGAGACAAGCUCUUGCUUCAUGGGAGAAGGGGCACCCCCGGAAGGACAGUACGAGAGUUGAAAUACUCUCGAUCAAGGGUGAUCAUAAUGAUUCCUGGGAGAAAGGGGAUGAACUGGCGAGAGCGAUCGCUUUUACGCUUGGAAAGCUAGAUGAUGAAUGA